GAAUGGCGCUUUGUCGACUGCGCUCUCGCCGGGGCGUAUCUGGAAGAGGAUUCGAUGAGCCGCUCAGGGGUUCUGGAGUUUUUCUUUCUCACCGACCCCGAAGAUUUCAUCAUGACCCACUUUCCGAUGAGCAUGUCCAGCCUAAUGGUCAAAGACAUCCCCAAGAGCGUCAACUCACCCAGUAACUCGUCUAUGGAGGUACAGUGAGAUCAACAACCCUUUCAGCAUGUCAUUAUGUAUUAAGGGGGUGGGUAUAGUGGGGGGGGGGAUUUAUCUGACUUGCCAUGACAUGAAGACUGUUGGGUGGCGAUUACCGCAUGUCCAUUUAUAUUUCAGCGAUUGGGAGCUUUCAGCUAAUUACUUUCUAAAUCACUUCCAAGAAGACACUCAUUGAUUUUGUGUUUUAUUCGACAGGCAAGUUUGGGUUGGCCCAAUGCGACUCAGGCACAUUUAUUAAUUUGGGAAAUGUAAUUUUUAUAUUAUAAAACAAUUAAACUUUUAAAUCGUAUAUUUUGUCAAUACGGCAUCUUGCGGGAAAAAAUUCCCCACUGAAGAACGUGAAAACACAUUACUUAAGAUGUAUAUUUAAAACAAAAAAGAAUAUAAAUAAAAAUAAAAAAUAAAUAAUAAUAAAACAUACUGCAUUAAGCAUUUGAAAAUAUCGUAGGGAAAAUAGCUGCUUACUUGAAAUUAUGUUCAAUUAACAAUGGAAGGAUACAAACCAUCAAUUAGGAUUUGAUCGUUUUGAAUAAGUGAUGCUAUUUUGAAAUUUUCUGUCUUUCAUUACAUUCUAUCAACUGAUUUCAAUUGAUUCCAUACACGCACACAAAAAAAGGAAACAAUAAAUUAAAAAAAAAUAAUUUAAAUCUUAGUUAAGAAUAAAAUGAAAGGAAAUAACAAUAAUGGGCGUUAAAGGACACGAAGCUGGUGAUUUUAUUUCUGACCUUUGACCUAAUCUUUGUACCAGGUUCAAGAAGGACUGCAAAUGUUGGCGAUACCAGAGCCGUACAGCCAGUUUUCUUGUCGGGCGAUCCUUUCUGUCUUCGCCCAAGAAACAGCCCUCGAGUUGACCUCGCAUCCGAUGGCGCAAGUAUCGGUGACAAAAUGUGAGACGUUCUCCUUCCGUUCCGAGCAGCUUCAAAACAUGGCUGCCGUGCUGAGGGAGAGAACUUCCGGUUUCAAGCAGAAACAUUGCAUACUGUGCACACGAGGCGGGAAAAACUCGUUCCGGGUCGUCGUCAAACCCAAGGUCAAGGGCGAGUUCAAACUCAGCGUCUCGGGUCAGGCGAGGAACGCGAUCGAUGAUUCCUUCCACCUUCUGGUGAACUAUUACAUCACCGUGAUCACCGUGGAACAAGGAUUCGUCCCACUUCCAGAACACUCGGGCGCGUGGGGAGCUAGCCCGCAGGCCCUUGGCUGCGGAUUCUCGGACAGGAUUUUCCGAUUCGACGUGCUGGCGUGUCGCAGUGGGGAGGUGUACAUCAAACUGCCCACCACGCGUUUCGUCAGCUCACGCUCUUCGGUGACCCUCACACGCGAGGGUGUCGAUCGGGAAGUCACGAGUGACGGUGGCGGUCAUGACGGCCAGAUGACUUUAAAUCAAUACACCGAGGGCGUGGUUCACAUAAGAGCGAGGUUUUCAGAGAGGGGGUUCCACCGUCUCAGUCUUCUGGCGCAGAGGUAUGACGUCACAGAUGACGCAAGCAGCUCGUACACCAACGUCGCCGACUUUCUCAUCCAUUCCCAGAAUACUUCCAUGGUGACAGCGUCGUUUCCAAAAAUUUUUCCAACCGCCCAGGGCUAUCGCUGUCUGCUUCUGGAGCCCCUGGUUGGUGAGCUGGCUCUCAACGAACCCGUCCUGAUAAGACUCAAGUCGACGCUGCUGACCAGGGUCAAGGUCGAUGGACUUUCGAUGAGGAGGGAGUCGGCCGGAGACCGUGACUCCGACGUUUGGUGUUUGCAGUACACCCCUACCUGCCCCGGGGCGUCCGUCUAUAUCUACGGUGGCGUGAGCCCG